UGUAAUUAAACAGAUAAUAAAGGAAAUGAAGGGUGAGAAAGAAGAGAAGGAACUGAUCUUCAAGGAAUGGCUUCCAUUUCAUGGUUCAGCUCUCUUCACAUCCGACCAACAACAGCCUCUGCCAGUGACAAAGGUUUAUCAUCUCCUAUAACUGUGGAACAUCAUAAAACAACUAGACCACAUUUACUUUCUUCUUUGGAAGAAGGACUUACUGUGAAAAGAAGACAAUUGAUUCUUUACACAGCCACAGCAGCAAUUGGAGCGGCGUCUACUGUCUCAAAGGCAUUGGCACUCAAUGAUGUGUCCGAGGAUUUUAGUAUCUACACCGACGAUGAGAACAAGUUCAAGAUAGAGAUUCCUCAAGAGUGGCAAAUAGGAACAGGAGAAUCUGCAGGGUUUAAAUCAUUAACUGCUUUCUACCCAAAAGAGGAAUCUAAUUCCAAUGUGAGCGUCAUGAUCACAGGGGUAGGACCAGAUUUCACUAAGAUGGAAUCAUUUGGCAAAGUUGAAGAAUUUGCUGAUACUCUGGUUAGUGGAUUGGACAGAAGCUGGAAAAAACCACCUGGUGUUGCUGCCAAACUCAUAGAUUGUAAAUCAUCUAAAGGAUUUUAUUUCAUCGAGUAUACGCUGCAAAAUCCUGGUGAGAGUCGCAAACAUCUAUAUUCAGCUAUCGGGAUGUUAACAAAUGGUUGGUAUAACAGACUGUAUACAGUGACAGGACAGUAUGGGGAUGAGGAAACAGACAAAUAUGCUUCCAAAGUUCAGAAGGCGGUUCGAUCGUUUAAGUUCACAUAAAGAAAUGUUCAGUGACGAGUCAGAAAUUUUUGCGUAGCUUUCUUUCAUGGGCACCCUCAUGAUGUUUUCAUGAAUUUAUUUAUAAGCUAGAAAUGUCUGUCUGAAUCCUAUACGUGUGAUACUUGCUAUGACAUUUCCUUCAAAACUGAUAAACCAAAGCAGUAUAAAUGAAUGGCACAAAUUGAUGCAAUAAAUAAGAUAUUUUGCAGUGAA